CGGCGAGGGUCGGGUGCCUGUGCCCGGGGCUCCCCCUCGGCCAUUUCCUGGAGGUGCCCCAGUGAGGGGGCAGGCGAGGGGGAGGUGGGGAGGUCCCGGCCCUAUCCGACCCCCCCCCCCAAUGCACCCCGCAUCCGACCCCGGCGGACUCCGCUCGGGUCCCCCCGCCCGGCGAUGAGGGCCACCGCCGCCCGCGCGUCCGGAGCCCUUUGUGGGGCUGGGGAGCUGCAGCUGCUGCCGCCUUCGCCUUUGUGAGGCAGUGACCUGCCCCCCCUAACCCUCUGCCUUUCCCUCCUCCUAAGGUCGGAGCCAGCCUCACCCCGUCCCAUCCAGGCACCAUGCGCAGGGAGAGUGACUACGUGGAUGAGAAGGUUCCCCCCAAGGGUGAGGGUGCUGCUGAUCUUGCCAUGCGAGCCCGAAAGAGGAAAGCUGAUGUGGCCACUCCAUCUUGGAAUAAGGAUGUCCAGAAAAGUCCCCAUAUGCUGAUUCCCACACCAGAUAAAGAUGAGCCAGUUAAUAUUGGCUUUUCUCAUUUUGUACACCUCAGACUUAGUCCAUCUAGAACUUCACCGCUACCAAUUCUGGGCUGGGCAAAUAGAGAUGAUGUUUGGAAAAACAUGCUAAACAAAGAACAGACGUAUGUGAGAGAGAAACAUUAUAUGCAAAAGCACCCUCUCUUGCAACCUAAAAUGCGAACAAUUCUUCUAGACUGGCUAAUGGAGGUUUGUGAGGUCUACAAACUUCACAGAGAGACUUUUUACUUGGCACAAGAUUUCUUUGAUCGGUUUAUGGCAACACAACAAAAUGUUGUAAAAACACUGUUGCAGCUUAUUGGCAUUUCAUCUUUAUUCAUAGCUGCAAAGCUUGAGGAAAUCUAUCCACCAAAGUUGCACCAGUUUGCUUAUGUUACAGAUGGAGCUUGUGCAGAAGAUGAAAUCCUCAGCAUGGAAUUGAUCAUUAUGAAGGCUCUUAAUUGGAACUUAAAUCCACUGACAGUUGUAUCGUGGCUAAAUAUUUACAUGCAAGUUGCAUAUCUAAAUGAGCUUUAUGAGGUGUUGCUGCCACAAUAUCCCCAGCAAAUCUUUGUACAGAUAGCAGAGCUUUUGGAUCUCUGUGUGCUCGAUAUUGGCUGCUUGGAAUAUACAUAUGGAGUACUUGCUGCUUCUGCUUUGUACCACUUCUCCUCAUCUGAACUGAUGCAGAAGGUUUCGGGUUAUGACUGGUAUGAUAUAGAAGAGUGUGUAAAAUGGAUGGUUCCAUUUGCUAUCGCUAUCAGGGAAGCAGGAAGCUCCAAACUCAAGCACUUCAGAGGCAUAGCUUCUGAAGAUUUGCACAAUAUACAAACACAUAUAAACAGCUUGGAUUUGCUGGACAAAGCUCAAGCAAAUCAGGCCAUGUUGGCUGAGCAAAAUAGGACUUCUCCUUUACCCAGUGGUGUCCUCACACCACCACAGAGUAGUAAGAAACAGUCCACUGGGCUGAAGCUGAUAUGACUGCAAACUGUCUACAUCAGAGACAAUUUAGCUGAAGUGCCUGUUUUUGCUGGUUCUGAAUCCUGCUCCAUUAUGGAAAUGCUGCCAGUGAAGUUCAUAAGCUUUUAUGGAUUCUAAAAAAGAAACUUGCAUUUUUUUGUGACAGAAGAAUCUUCUAUAUGAAAAAGUUUUUAUUAACUAUUGAUAUUUUAAAUAAAUGGAUCAAGUACACCAGCCACUUAAAAGAACGCCGAAGAGUGCUCCAAAUGCUGCUAAGGAAGGUAAUACUUGAUGUGACCAACUGUUCAAAAAAAAAAAGGCUUGAAGUUAAAACCUGCAACUGUGUGUGUGUCUGUGUGUCUGUCUUUGGAUAUCCCGGGGUCAUUUCACCUUGUGGGGGCAAAUGGGUUUGAGAAUGCUGUGGAAGACUACAUUUUAGAGCCUCUUUACAAGCUAUUGGCUUACAACUUGAUGACUUUUUAAAAACCCUUUACGUAAAUGCUGCUAUGUCUCUGUAUAUCAAUUUUUAAAUAAAAAUGCUGUCCAAGA